CGGCAUGUUCAUGGGGUAUUUGCUACCAACGCUCUGCAAUCUGGACCGCAAGUUAGAAGGACUGGAAAACAAACCUGAGAGGUACACAUACUGUUUUCAGCUGCUGAGAGGUGUGCGCGAAGCCCUAAGAAAGCGGUUUGCAGCAAUCUGGGAGGACAAGAGGCUUCUUCUGGCAGCCUGCCUACACCCUCGCUUCAAACUAGAUUGGCUGGAAUCGUGUCAGGCCACCACCCAUACCAACAAAUACACAAUGGAAGCCUUGUUGAAAGCUGAAAUAAAGAUGGCUGUACUUAAUGAGGACAGUGAUCAGUCUUCAGAUAAAGACCAGGAAGGAGAUGACUUAGAAGAUGUCUUCUUUAACUUUCUGCCCCAGGGCAAGAAGUCAGCAGUGGACACUGCUGAGGAGGAACUGGUGAGGUAUCUGAGGUCUCCCAGCAGGGAAGUGUCAUCACUCCAUGGCUUUCCACGUGUGCUGUGGUGUUUUUUGCAGCACAACACAGGCAUGCCUUCAAGCGCCGCAGUAGAACGCCUGUUCAGUACUGGUGGCAACGUAAUGACUGUACAAAGACAUUCCUUGUCUGACAUGCUCUUUGAGCAUCUUGUUCUUUUGAGACAUAACAAACAUAUUAUAAAAGUAUUUCAAGUGUAAAAUUUGAUUUCAAGAG